CCGGGCGGGAGGCAGCGGGCGCAGUGCGCGCCAGCGGCGCGGGGAUUGGCUGUGGCGGGCGGAGACGUCAGGCUCCCGGGGCCCCAGCGGCCGCCCGGCGCGGCGCGGCGCAGUCGGCUCUAGUGGUCUAGUAACGGAGAGUUGUUCCCGGCCGUGCCGUCCUCCGCCGCAGUCGCUGGGCUGCGCCGCCGCUGUCGCCAGGACGCGCCGCCGAGCCCCUCGUCGCCUCCAGCCCCGCGGCCUCCGUUCACCUCAACUUCCACACGCCCAUCAUGACGAAGACUGAGAAGAAAUCCUUCCACCAGAGCCUGGCCGAGUGGAAGCUGUUCAUCUACAACCCGACCAGCGGAGAGUUUCUGGGGCGCACCUCCAAGAGCUGGGGUCUGAUCUUGCUCUUCUACCUAGUUUUUUAUGGGUUCUUGGCUGCACUCUUCACAUUCACAAUGUGGGUCAUGCUCCAGACUCUGAAUGAUGAAGUUCCGAAAUAUCGAGACCAGAUUCCUAGUCCAGGACUUAUGGUUUUUCCCAAACCACAGACUGCCUUGGAAUAUACAUACAGCGUGUCUCAGCCAGAAACUUAUAAAAAGUUCGUUGACGACCUGAAGCAUUUCCUAAAGCCAUAUUCUGUGGAAGAACAGAAGAAUCUCACAAAUUGUCCUGAUGGAGCACUUUUUCAUCAGAAGGGUCCAGAUUAUAGUGCAUGUCAGUUUCCAGUUUCCUUGCUUCAAGAAUGUAGUGGUGAGAAUGAUGGUGAUUUUGGCUAUUCCAAAGGACAACCUUGUAUUCUUGUGAAAAUGAACAGAAUAAUCGAGUUAGUCCCAGAUGGACUUCCACAAAUAACGUGUGUGGCAAAGGAUGAAAACAUAGCACAUAUAGCAACUUAUCCUGAAUAUGGACUUCUAGACUUAAAGUAUUUUCCAUAUUAUGGGAAAAAACGGCACGUUGGCUAUCGACAGCCCCUAGUCGCCGUCCAGGUCAAAUUUGACUCUGGUGUUAACAAGAAAGAAGUAACAGUUGACUGCCAAAUUAAUGGAACC